AUGAUCUUCGUCAAGACUCUUUCGGGUCAGACAUUGGCCCUCGAUGUCAACGAUGUCUCAAGCAUCAAGUCUUUAAUCGCAGAACGCGAAGGAAUCGCUGUCGAAGAUCAGAGGCUAAUUUACGCCGGUCGUCAGCUCUCCGAUGAUGAUGAGGUCGAAGCAGAGUCUACUCUUCAUUUAUCGCUGAGCCUGCUCGGAGGUGCUAAAAAGAGAAAGAAGAAGGUCUACACGACUCCCAAGAAAAUCAAGCACAAGAGAAAGAAGGUCAAGCUCGCUGUGUUGAAGUACUAUGAGGUUGAUGACAAUGGUAAAAUCCGCCGUCUUCGCAAGGAGUGCCAAUCACCGACGUGUGGAGGAGGUGUCUUCAUGGCUGCCCAUGAGAACCGAUACUACUGUGGUCGCUGUCACGAUACCCUGGUCGUGGAGGAACCUGUGGCCUCUUCAAAGGGAAAGGGCGGCAAAGGAAAAAAAUAA